AUGAGCUAUCAGAUGCAGGAUUGGGGAGAGAAACCCUCAGAGCGAUCACGAUGGACUCCCCUAACGCGAAUGCUGCUAUCGGGUGAGAUGACCCAAGAGAAGCAACAGGAACUAUCGUCAAGAGAAAAGUUUGAUCGCUGGAUGAUCAACGAGGGUUAUCGAAGAUUCUUCGUCUUUGUCUUUAUGCUUCUUCACGCACUCAUCUUCUCCUUCGCAUGCGUCCACUACUCUCAAAAAGAUAGUCUCAAGUCCUCCAAUGAGCUCUUCGGCUUCACCUUCGUCAUAGCUCGUUCAGCCGCUCUGGUCCUUCAUGUCGACGUCGCCAUCAUUCUCUUCCCCGUCUCUCGAACCCUCAUCUCGCUCCUUCGACAGACACCUCUCAAUGGCAUCCUCCAGUUCGACAAGAACAUCACCUUCCACAUCGUCACCGCAUGGUCCAUCGUCUUCUGGUCUUGGGUUCAUACCAUUGCCCACUGGAAUAACUUUGCGCAGGUCGCCAUCAAGUACAAGCUUGGUAUCUACGGCUGGUUGGUUGCCAAUUUUGUGUCUGGACCUGGUUGGACUGGCUAUGUUAUGCUUAUUGCGCUGAUGGGUAUGGUUCUCACAUCGACCGAGAAGCCUCGACGAGCAAACUUUGAGCGUUUCUGGUAUACUCACCACAUGUUCAUCGUUUUCUUCUUCUUCUGGUCUAUCCACGGAGCUUUCUGCAUGAUUCAACCAGACGUUGCACCGUUCUGCACUAGUGUUGGCGCAUCAGCGGUUGGAGUCUUUUGGCAAUACUGGAUGUACAGCGGUUUCAUUUACCUGGCCGAGCGUAUCGCACGCGAGGUGCGAGGUCGUCACAGGACAUACAUCACAAAGGUCAUUCAACAUCCCAGCAAUGUUUGCGAGAUCCAGAUGAAGAAGGAGCACACAAAAACGCGAGCUGGACAGUACAUAUUCUUGUGCUGCCCUGCCGUCUCGCUGUGGCAGUACCAUCCUUUCACUUUGACCAGUGCCCCCGAGGAGGACUACAUCUCAGUCCAUAUUCGUUGCGUGGGUGACUUCACCAAGGAGCUUUCCAAGGCUUUGGGUUGUGACUGGAGCAAGAAGAGGGAACCCGGUGGCAACGAUUCUAGCAAAGUCGUUGGUUUGACUGGACGCGACUCCGAGAUCGAUCCAGCUAUCCGCCGUGUUCUCCCCAGAGUCUACGUCGACGGUCCUUUUGGUUCUGCCUCCGAAGAUGUCUUCAAGUACGAAGUUUCGGUGCUUGUUGGUGCAGGUAUCGGCGUUACACCGUUCGCCUCCAUCCUCAAGUCCAUCUGGUACCGAAUGAACUAUCCCCAGAAAAAGACACGCCUAGCCAAGGUCUACUUCUUCUGGAUUUGCCGUGACUUUGACUCCUUCGAGUGGUUCCGCUCACUGCUUCUGGCAGUCGAAGCGCAGGAUCUGGACCACCGUAUUGAGAUUCACACGUACCUCACAGCCAAGAUCAAGGCCGACGAUGCGACAAACAUUAUGAUCAACGAUGCCAACGCCGAUAAGGACACCAUCACUGGUCUGCGCAGCCCGACAAACUUUGGCAGACCCAACUGGGAUAUGAUCUUUAGAGGUAUCAGGAAGCUGCACAGUCCUGCUGAGGCGGGUGUGUUCUUCUGUGGACCCAAGGGCUUGGGAAGUUCGCUGCAUACGUAUUGUAACAAGUACACCGAGCCUGGAUUCUCUUUCGUUUGGGGCAAGGAGAACUUCUAA